GUCAAAUCGAAUCAAAAUUAAAUGACGUUUCGCUGAAAAAAAAAAAGAGGAAAACCCAAAACUUUGAUUGCCUCCUUUUUCUUCUUCUUCUUCUUUUGAGGUUCGUAUCCGUCCUUCUCCUCCCUCUGGAUCGAAUCGGUCCGAGUCAUGGCGGAAUUGACUCAGGCCGAUCUGGUUUACUCGCCACGGUCGAUUCAACUGUGGAAUGUUCUGGUGAACUGGCUCGAUUUCUUCUACCAGUUCUUCCUUAAGAUCCUCCGUGCCGUCGCUCACCAUCCUCUUCUCUCCACCUCUUGCUCAUCCUCCGCUAAGGCAAUCUCCGAGGAGUUUAAGCCCUUGCCAGUCAUCGAGUUACCGGAGAUGGCGGCGGAAUCACCCGUCACCGUGGAAAUCGCCUCCGGAGAAGGCGAAGUCCGUAGCACCCACAAACUCACGGUAGUUCUCGACUUGGAUGAGACAUUAGUGAGUGCGUAUGAGAGGUCUAGUCUAACUUCUACUUUACGUACACAAGCUAUUGAAGCUGGAUUGAUAUGCUUUGAGCUGGAGUGCAUAUCAUCAACCAAGGAAUGCAAUGGGGAGCCUAAAAUCAAUCAUGUUACAGUGUUUGAGCGACCAGGGUUGCACGAAUUCUUAGAUCAACUCAGCCAGUUUGCAAAUCUUGUUCUUUUUACCGCUGGUCUCGAAGAUUAUGCGAGACCGCUUGUGGACAGAAUAGAUACCAAGCAUGUUUUAAACGACAGGCUUUAUCGACCUCGUACUGUCAGCACGCAAUAUCGAGAUCACGUGAAGGAUCUAUUAUGCGCAUCAAAGAACAUGUCUAGGACAGUUAUAGUGGACAACAAUCCUUACAGCUUUCUGUUACAACCUCUAAACGGGAUCCCUUGUGUUCCGUUUUCCGCAGAACAGCCAAAUGAUACUCAGCUACUGGACAUUAUUCUUCCACUUCUUAAGCAACUUUCGGAAGAAGAAGAUGUAAGAGGAACUCUUUACGAUAGAUUUCACAUGCCUGAAUGGUUCGAAAAGCAAGGCAUUCCAAGUUCUUGCUGGUCAUCUUCAUAGAUUGCUGGAAUCUCUCUCAUCUAUUGCUCACAGCAGUGGAAAGGUUCUGUGAUUGGACCAAAAGUUCAUAGACCGGCUAAAUUUAGCUUUGUCUAAUAUUAUUGGACCUGACUCUGUUUUGAGGUUUUGAACGUUUUUUUGUAAUUUUUCUUUUCUGAAAAUAGCCAAAAACCAUAGAUAACACAAAAAAUAAUCGAAUCCCUAACUAGAAAGCAGGCUCAAGCAAGCCGUAAAACCCACGCAAACAACAGAAAAAGAGCCCUAAACUGGAUUCGGGAAGACUAUAUUCGAGAUCCUUGUACUGAGAGGUUUCUCUAUAGGAAGCCUAGUGUAGCCGAUAGCGAAGCAAAUCUUACGAGUCACCCUGUGCCUAAACAUCCAAACGGUGAGAAAAUCGGAAUGCUUCUUGAGACCAUGUUUCGCCACGAACUCCUUCCACCCCGAAGUCAACACAGGCGUGCCCUCACUCCACAUCUUGAACUUCAUCAUCUGAGCCUCCCCGUCUGGUCCGUACACCGACACAUCAAGCCCAUCCAUCCCGCGCGGAUUCUCAGACACUUUCAAAAGAGGAAGCAUCUUCUUCCUCACGUGCAGCUUCCCCAACAUGAGCCUGCACUGAUCUUCCAACACGUCGCUCAUCGUCAGCUGUUUCUUUAUCGGUUCACUGAUACGUUCCGCAGCAUCGCCGAGUAUCUCGCCCGGGUCGGCCUCGAUUUGGUUCCAUCCCUGAACUGAAAUCAGGGUUUCUUCGGAAUCAUCCUUCGUAUCCUCAUCAGGCUGUUCAUUAAUCUUCCUAGACACUUUCUUAUUCUUCACAGGCUGUUUUUUAAUCUUCCUAGACUCUUCCCUAAUAUUCACAUUCUGUUUUUCAAGAGCUCUGCUCUUCCUAUACGUUUUUUUAGGAGCUUCACUUACUUGUGGAAAUAAUGGGGUCGAUGAUAGAACCUCAUCAUCUCUGCUUAGCUGUAAUAAUGUGUACGCAGCUUCUAAUCUCUCUGGUGAAAUAUUUGCGGUUUCCUCUCUUGAAGUCGCCAUAAUCUCUGGCGUUUUCUGUAUCUUUUUUUGUUCUCGUUGCCUUAAGCGGCACUUCUUAGGGUUUUUCUUUUCUUUUCUUUUCUUUUCUUUUCUUUUCAA